AUGCCUCGUUCCAAGCGUGCCCGCGUCGUGCACGAGUCCAAGACCGUCAAGAAGUCCCACAAGGAACAGACCCGUCGCCUGUACGCCAACAUCCGGGAAUGCAUUGAGAAAUACGACCACCUGUUCGUCUUCGGCGUCGACAACAUGCGCAACACCUAUCUGAAGGAUGUCCGUACCGAGUUCGCCGAUAGCCGUCUCUUCUUCGGCAAAACCAAAGUCAUGGCCGUCGCUCUGGGCCACAACCCCGAGAACGAAGCCGCGCCCAACCUCCACAAACUCAGCCCCUACCUCACCGGCGCCGUCGGCCUUCUUUUCACCUCCCGCGACCCCCAAUCCGUGACCGACUACUUCGACAACUUCCGGCCGCUUGACUUCGCCCGCUCCGGAACCGUCAGUACCCGGGCCUUUUCGAUCCCCAACGGUCAGGUGUAUUCGCGGGCUGGAGAGAUCCCCGCCUCCGAGGACGAGCCGCUCAGCCACACUAUUGAGCCGGAGUUGCGGAAACUUGGUGUCCCGACUCGGUUGGUCAAGGGCAAGGUUAUGUUGGAGUUGACGGAGGGACAGGAGGGAUUCCCCAUCUGCAGGGAGGGAGAGGUGCUCGAUUCGAGGCAGACGACGCUGUUGAAGAUGUUUGGAGUUGUUAUGGCUGAGUUCCAUGUUGCCUUGAAGGCUCAUUGGACGAGGGAGUCUGGUGAGGUGGAGAUUCUGGAGAAGGAUGAGGCUGGUAUGGAGGUUGAGUAA